AUGACAACAUCUCAUACUUCCCAGAAAUCAUUUGCAAGAACCUUACAUGAGGACGGUUUUGUGCACACAGAUGUCAAGCCAAAUAACGUAUUCGUCAAUCUGCAAGAAGGCGACGUUCGAUUUUCCGACGUCCAACUAGGCGACUUAGGUGGAUGCUACCCGGCAGACUCAGAGUGGGCUACAUCAGGCACCAUAGUAGGAACACCUAUGUGGACAAGCCCAGAGAUUCUUAUGGAAUUACCUUGGAACACCGCAGCUGACAUAUAUCUUAUCUACGGUGGAAAUUUCAACCUUUUCCUGCCGAAAGGUUUGACACGUGAAGACGAAGAGUAUGUGGUUGGGGUUGUUGUAGAGCAAUUCAAAUAUUUCGGACCUUUUCCAGCCAAGAUUGAAGAGAUCGCAGACCCAGAAACGGUCCAAUCUAUCAUUACGAUCAUGGAAAAUAUCCCAAAAGAGAAGACGACGCCAUUUCGGCGAACCACCGAGAGAGAAGUAAGCCGGAGAGACAACAUCUUCAUAUCGAAGAUGAUGAAACUGGAUUGGAGAGACCGCCCAACCGCAGAAGAGUUACUAGAAGACGAAUGGUGGGACAACGACGAGGAAUAG